ACUACUUAUCUACCAACAAAGUAAACACUUUAAUUCCUUUUUAUUCUCUCCUAUUUUUGGCUAUUAUUCCUUUUUAACUUUAUUUUUAGUUCAUUUUAAUUGGCUCAUCAAGAUCUAACAUUUCAUUUACAUAUAAACCUAAAAGAAAACAAGUUUCAAUCCUCCCACCAAAUUUUCUGCUGGGUACGUCCUCAUUUAGGUUUUCCCACAAGCUGAUUGAUGAAAAUGUCAAUGAGCUUGUGUGGAAACCUUUGAUAUUCUUUGUUGAAUGUUCGUAUAAUCGAAUUUAUUUCGCAAAGGAAUGAUCAUUCGAUUGAAUCACAACAAUGGAGCUUUUUACUGCAAAUUGUCUGUCCACGGAAAACAAACCUCUUGAGCUUUCAAAACUGGUCAUAGAAGAUAAAAGCUCGGUUAAAAAGAACACUGAAAACACCAUUACACCUGUUAAUCAUGGUGUAAAGGUGUGGCAAGAGAACAGAGAAAAAUGGGUGGGAGAUCAAUCUCGACAAAGAAAAAAGACUACAAAGGAUCAGAUUAUAAGUUGGUCCACUACAUAUGAAGAUCUUCUCUCAACUCAAGAACCUUUCUCUGAGUCGAUUCCUUUACCCGAGAUGGUGGACUUUCUGGUCGAUAUAUGGUAUGACGAAGGCCUUUACGAUUAGAAGAAGAAUCUAACAAUGCCAUCACAUCGACAAAAGAACAAAGAAAAAGAGAUUCAAUUAAAAUCAUUAGGAGUUACGAAAACAUCUACUCUUAAAACUAUCUUUUGCGACCACUCACAUACUCCAUUUGUAACACUUGUAUGAUUGUUAAAUGAGAACAAAACUGAUUCCAAAUAA